CACUUUUACGUUUGUUAUGAACUUGAAUUUGGACGAAUAUUUAAAACGAUUUUAAAAAUGUUAACAAUAUUCCGGCGCAUCGCGCUAAUUGAGCCGAAUAUUCGGGUCUGUGCUCAUUUACUGAAUACAAACAUCCCGCAAACCACACAAACCAAUGCAUUUGGUUCAAAAUAUACGCCACAAGCGCUUAAACGAAAGAAGCACAAAGCAAAAGACCUAUCCUCGAAUCCGUUUAUGGAUUUGAAAAGUGUCCGAACAGUAGGCGGAAAGGGAGGUGAUGGUUGUAUAUCAUUGUUGCAAUUAUGGGCCAAUGACAAAGCUGGCUGUGACGGUGGCGAUGCAGGUAAUGGUGGUCAUGUGGUAUUCGAGGCGUCGAAUGAUAUAAAUAACUUGACGCAUGUAAAAACUCUGAUAAAAGCCAACAACGGAGAGGAUGGUCGGAACAAGGAUCGAAGUGGAAAAAGUGCAGAACAUUCAAUUGUCAAGGUACCGGUGGGAACUAUAGUUAGAAAUUCAGACGGAAAAAUUGUCGGCGAUUUAGAUAAAGAAGGUUCUUUAUUUAUUGCUGCCAGAGGUGGUGCUGGUGGCAAGGGAAAUCAUUUUUUCUCUUCGAACAAUGAAAAGUCACCGGAGGUUUGCGAGUAUGGAGCUUAUGGUGAAGAUUUGGCAUAUAUUCUUGAAUUAAAAAGCAUGGCACACUUGGGUCUUAUUGGUUUACCGAAUGCUGGAAAGUCAACGCUAUUGCGAGCGAUAACACGUGCCCGUCCAAAAGUCGCACCGUACGCAUUCACAACGUUACAACCACAUUUGGGAAUCGUUCACUAUGACGACUAUGAACAAGUUUCGAUUGCAGAUUUGCCCGGUUUGAUUCCCGGAUCACAUUUGAAUAGAGGUCUUGGCAUUCAAUUCUUAAAACAUGCGGAACGGUGUUCGGCACUUUUGUUCAUUCUCGAUUUAUCGUGCGAAGAGCCAUGGGAACAUUUUGAACAACUUCGCUUUGAAAUCGGCAUGUUUAGCAAGGAAUUGUUAGAACGGCCGCAAAUUAUGGUCGGAAAUAAAAUCGAUAUUCCAGAAGCACUAAUCAAUUUAGAGUCCAUAAAAAAGAUGUAUCCAGACAUACCAAUUAUACCGAUCAGCGCGAAAAUGGGCACAAAUCUAAAUCACCUACUAACAAAUGUUCGGCGCGUCUACGAUAAAUAUAAUAAACAAGCUAGUGUUGUCGACUUUGAUGACGAUUAGAAUAAAAACUGUGUUGAAUUUUUAUAGAAUGAAUAUAUUGGCUUUUAAUCAUAAGAAAAAACAAUAAAUUGUGUAUUCAAACACUCUUUCACAAUCGUU